GUGUUAAGUGGUUACUGGAGCCCAUAGACAUCCACAACAUAAAUGCGCCACCCACCUUUAGAUAUAAGUUCUAAGGUCUCAGUAUGGUUACAACAGCUGCCCCACCCUUCAAACCGAAACGCAUUAAUGCUUCACGGCAGAAAUAGGCAGGGCGACGAAACCUACCCGUGCGGACUCACAAGAGGUCCUACCGCCAGUAAUUACGCAAAUUAUAAUUUUGCGGGUUUGAUUUUUAUUACACGGUGUUAUUCCGAAGCACUGCUCUUGCUAGGGCUAGCAAGUUAGCUAAACUAAAUCGUUGUUAAACUAAAACUAUAGCUAGUGUUAGCACAUUCUUUCAGGUUGAGUCCGUGAGUAGCUGAAAUAGCCUCUUAUGCUACCAGCGAUUAGGUAGGAAACAAAAAAAAGUUAUUUGUUUGCAAUAUGCAGUUAUAAAGAUACAAUCUGCUAUCAGUCGAACAGAUCAUAGGUCAGAGUAUUUCGACAAUUUAAACAUAAAUGUAAUUUCAUUAUAAUUAACAUGUAAAAGACUUCGUCGUAAGGAAUUUACAUUUUUUUUUAUUGCUUAAACUGUUUACAGGACUCACAGCCCGCCUUUUUUUUAUUACCAGAGCCAGAGCUCAUUGACAACGUAAAUACCGCCGCCCACCUUGAGAUAUGAGUUCUAAGCCUCAGUUUUACAGUACAACGGCUACCUCAUCAUUUAAACUAAAAAGCUCCUUUCGUAUCAGAAAUAGAUAGGCUGAUGGUAGCCACCCGUGCGGGCUCAAAAGACGCCCUACCACAUGUUCAGAAAUUUCCUUGUCAACGCAUACUAUUGUAUAAAAUGCUACUCGGUUGCUUAUAGAUAUUUCAUAUAUCUACGACGAAGAGUUCGAUCUGCAACUUAUACCUAUAGAAUUUGUCAUCGAAUCUUCUCAGUGGGUCGGAGUUCCGAUUCGGUGGUAGAUUCAGCGAAGCACUGCUCUUGCUAGGGCUAGUAUUAGCAAUAUGGCUCAGGCUGGACCCAAUGAGCUAGCCCAUCAGGUAUGGUGAUGCUAGAAUGGUCUCUCGAGGCUCCGAGUAGACUGGUUAGGGCAUGGGUUCUGUCUAGGUACCACCCUAAUUGUCUAAUUUUGCCGCGAAUUAGCGAUACGUUUUGGUUUGAAGAUUCGAAUAGAUUUACAAGAGAAAGAGUCUGACCUCGUGAAUCAAUGGUUUGAAGUCCAUGGGCUUUAGUAACCAAUUGGCACCAGAUACUCUUUAAAUGGUACCCAAAUUUAGUAAAAAGAAAAAAAACCUAUUCCGAUAUUGUUAAUUUCUCAAACUUGACUCCUUAUUGCGUAAACACAUCCGAUUACGUAAUAAGAAAAACAAAAAACGUAUAUCUUAUUCAGAUAUACCUAAUAAUUCUGUUAUCAAUAUUCGACAUAUUUUUGUAAUUAAGAAGACGCUUAGUAUUUUUUUGGCGAUCAUACAGACACGACGUAUUAAUCAUGUCUUUGGUAGCACAAGCAUUCGAAGCUAGCAAAAUAGUGCCGGAUGUUAUUCCCGUCGCUCCAACUAAGAACAUUGAGCUUAAAUACCCGAGCGGUGCUAUAGCGUCUCAAGGAAAUGAGCUGACUCCGACACAAGUGAAGGAUCAGCCUUCUGUCACUUUUGAGGCCGAGGCUGAUGCUUUUUAUACGCUCGUGUUCACGGACCCUGAUAACUACGAUGGACCUGAGCUGGUCUACCGUGAAUGGCACCACUGGCUCGUAGGAAACAUUCCUGGUGGUGACGUUUCUGCUGGAGAGACUCUAUCGGGAUACAUCGGCUCCGGACCACCCCAGGGUACUGGGAUCCAUCGUUAUGUCUACAUCCUUUAUAAACAACCAGGAAAAUUGGACUUCGACGAGAAAAGGCUAACGAACACGUCUAUUGAUGGUCGCGCCUCGUUCUCCACGAAGAAGUUCGCUGAAAAGUACAACCUGGGGGCGCCUGUCGCCGGCAACUUCUACAGAGCGCAGUUCGACGACUAUGUCCCACAGCUUUACAAAAGCUUGGGCGCCUAAUAUAAUGAUUUAAAUUUG